AUGUACGAAAUGCUUUCCCUCCUGUCUCGCGCCGUUGCCUGCAUUCCGAUGAACCAACCCUCUGAAACUCCCUACACUCAAAUACAUGCACAGCAAGCUGCACGUUAUGUACGUGGCCUUGGAGAUGGUAUCCCUUCGCAUGAGACUAUGCCGAUGUUGUCGUCCCUGUUGAUGUCAUAUGUCAAAGAUUUGAUGCAAACAAGUGGAGGAUGUGAUGAGUCAAUGUCUGAUGCUGGCAAAGACAAUUCUGAGGAGCCCCUCAAGAGCGAGGAAUACAAGGAUGACAGAUUGUCGAAUCCACCCAAAUCCAUCACUACAUUUAUUUCUAAAGCCAAAAGUAAAGAUGUCAAAAACAUGCAUGAGACUCAUUUGGGUGUGUUACAGCGACAUGCACUUAUGGGUGACCAUCCUCUCUGGCAAACCCACAAACUUUUGGAACAUACCAAUGAGGUCCAUGGUGAUGGAUCACGCGAACUCAUCCCAUGCAUUGUAGGCAUGGCUAUCCCUAGACGCACUCACCCCAACCAGUGGCAGCUGUUCAUGUUAGCACAUUUUAAGCCAUUUAGUCAUACCAGCCCACUGAUUCCCAAAGACUCCUCCAUCGAAGAGGUGUUUGAGACAUACACAUUUACCCCACGCUCUCAUGCCAUCAUGCAGCAUUGGGAAGCUGUCCAUGAAUGUGAAGACGAGCAAGACACAAACUGUUUACAAAGACAAGCACAGUUGACCACUCCGAAGAAAGGGAUUGGCAACUUGCCUCUGCAGCUUGACAACAAGGAUGAGGUUCUGCCUGGUCCAGCAUUGGGUAGGACUGCUCAGGAGGAGUUCAAACAUGCUCAGACACCUGCAACAGAAACACCAUCUACACCCACAGAGACAUUCUCUCUGGCGGAGGUCAUAAACAUGAUUGGAAUUGAGUUCCAGUUGAAUGAUGCCCAGUGGGUAGCCUUCUGCAUUAUUGCUGACCAUUUUGUGGGCGCCUUUGUUGAGAAACAUGCGGAGCCAUGUCAUCAACUAACCAUGCUCAUGACCGAGCCUGGAGGAACUGGUAAAAUGCAUGUGGUUAAGGCUGUUCGAGCUGUCAUGGAGUACUAUGGAUAUGGGCAUGUGAUCCAAUUUUUGGCUCUCACCAGCUCUGUGGCCUCCCUAAUUGAUGGUAUGACCAUUCACAAAGGUCUCGGCAUCAAGAUCAGGGCCAAGAGCAAGGGCAAAGGCAAUCGUGCGCUAGGCAAGAGCAUGGAGGAUUAUUCUGUGAUUGUAAGCAAUCAGAGUAAGACUCAGCUGCAUGACAAGUGGAAAAACAUGGCCUUCUUGUUGGUCGAUGAGGCAUCAUUGCUGGGUUUGCAAUUAUUGGCACAACUUGAUCAUGCUCUCCGUGUAGUCAAAGAGCAGCCUGACCUGUGGUUUGGGGGUAUCACUCUGAUCCUGUCUGGCAACUUUUUCAGUACCCGCCUGUUGGAGGAAGCCCAUUGUACAUGCCCAUUUUGCGGUAUGCUGGACAGACAGACGACGAGGUACAAAAGCGAUUGGGUCAUCUCACUUGGAAGACCAUAA